AUGGCACUAUCACAACGACUCCAAAGAAGCGGCCGCCGCUCCAUCACAGCCAAGGCCUCCUUCAGCGACGACGAGGACGCCAUCACCCCCUGCUCGUCCCCGCCGCCCGAGCCCCAGCAGCAGCCCCUGGUGAUGGACUCAUGCACCAAGUCGAAGAGCCAGCGCCACUCCAUCAUCUCGACUGUCCCAUCGCCGCGCAAGACGUCAUCGUCCACGCGCACCUGGCACCUGGACCCGACCGCGGGCGAGGACCUGGACGACGCCGGGCUGUGGAGGCGCAUGCUCGACAUCCAGCGCGAGUUCCACUGCUACAACAGCGCGCGCAUGGCCGCUGCGCUGUUGGAGUUGGAGAUGGGGGUUGAUGUUGGCAGAUAUGCCCCAUCGCGCAGCUGUCUUGACCUCCUGAACGACAGCGUGUCUGACCUGCCCGAAGAGGACAAGGAGAGGCUCGUCGAGUGGCUGCACGAGAACUCGACGAAGCGGAAGAGGAGCGCCAAGUGGAAGCGCGCCUCGGUCUUCUGA